AUGGAUGAGGUCGGAUCUAAUGAAAAGGUAUUAUCUCCAGCAGAAGAUCAAUGUGAAUCUCAUUUCGUGCAUCAUGUGCAGACUAGCGUAGACAACCGAUUCAUCGUCAGCCUUCCAUUUCGCGAAAACCCUCAGACAUUGGGUCAGUCGCAAUGUUUAGCCUACCACCAAUUCAUCAGCCUUGAGAGACGAUUGCAAAAGAAUCCGGAGAUACGUACACAAUACGUACAUUUUAUGCGCGAAUAUGAAGAAUUGGGCCAUAUACGGAAAGUAAGUACACAAUACGUACAUUUUAUGCGCGAAUAUGAAGAAUUGGGCCAUAUGCGGAAAGUUGAACUAGACAAUGUGAUUGACCCGAAGUAUUUCAUUCCACAUCAUUGCGUGCUGAAACCCGACUCAACUACAACUAAACUUAGAGUGGUGUUCGACGCAUCAGCGAAAACAGCAACUGGAUUAUCCUUGAACGACAUUAUGUACACUGGGCCAGUCGUGCAAAGCGAUCUAUUCUCAAUCUUACUGAGGUUCCGACUGCCGAGAUUCGUCUUUACGACUGACAUCGAAAAAAAGUAUAGGCAGAUACUACUAGAUUCCAGCAAUCACCAAUAUCAACUGAUAAUUUGGAGGGAAGAACCAGCCAUGCCGAACUGA